GAGCGGACACAGAGGAAGAGAAGACAGGACGCCGGUGUGGAUGAACUUUUGAGGAAGAUAAACACGCAGACAGCCGACCAUGAUGUCUUUUAAUAAAACUCGUUCUGUAUUUCCACACAUCUGUCACCUCGUAAACUCAAACAUGGCGACGGCGCAGAGAACCAGGAGCCUUUAUCACCAGCUCAGGAGUCUGUCACACCUCACUGGACUUCCUCCUCUCACUAAACACACUCUGCAUCCCAUCUGUCAACCUGCGCACAAAUGCUUACAGAGCAGAGUCCAUGCUGUUAGCUGUAGGAAGAACAUCCACCUGACAGCACCGAGGCUGGAUAAACCUUCACCUGGGCAGAUAAGGGAGCUGUCAGAAGCAGAGUACGAGAAGCUGGCAGAUGAGACGUUGGACGCUCUGGCUGAUUAUUUUGAGGACUUGAUGGAUCAAUCUUUCACUGGAGAAGACUGCGACGUCAUCUUCUCUAGCGGUGUGUUGACGGUGAAGCUCGGCGGGGACCGCGGCACCUACGUCAUCAACAAACAGACUCCAAACAAACAGAUCUGGCUCUCAUCGCCCACCAGUGGACCGAAGCGUUACGGUUGGACGGGUGAGCGUUGGGUUUACGCACACGACGGCGUCAGCCUCCAUCAGCUGCUCUCUGCAGAGUUUUCACUCAUCUAUGAAAGAAACAUGGACCUCUCUGAGCUGCUGUACUCCUGAGAAAAGACACCUGAUGAGACACACACACUCCUACAGAAUCACCUGUGUGACACCUGAGACCACCGUUAGACCACAAUUAGAUCACACGGGAGCCAAACACAUAUAUGACCUAUAUAACAUCACUUUUAGACAGCCGGUGAAUAUAAUGACAGUGAUCUGUGUGAGCUGUUCUGUCAUCUUUAUUGUUCUCUGAUUAAGUGUUUGACCUUUUGAUUUUAAGGUAAUUAUGACACAUUCUCAUGAACUAUAAAAUAAAUAAACUCAGUCUCCAUAGCAACCCUUCAGCUUCCGUCCCCAUCCACACAAUCAUCAUGAGACUUUUUACACACCUCCUUGUUCCAAUGUUUGUCACAACCGGGGGAGUUUUAGCAGACUUCAGUUUGACUUUUGGACGAGUGCCUUAUUUACUAAUGGGUUUUUCUUAAUACAUAUGAAAUAUAUAAUAUGCAACAUUCUCAAUUUUAAUAUAUCAAAAAUCUAUAUAUAUAUAUCCUAUGUUGGUAAUCCCAAACUGGCGGCAUGCGGGCCACUUCAGUCCCCCCCAAAGCUUCCCAUCCGACCCCCAGAAUAUAAAUUAUUGUGGGUGAUUAAGCAAUAAACAUAAAAAUCAAAUCACAUGGCGGAUAUACUUUCAUUAUGUUAAUGCUAGAAAUUACAUUUCCCCUCUCACAUCAACUUCUGAACAUCAGGUUGUCAGCUGUCAGGCUUACGUGAAAGCAUAUUUUAAAGUCCGGCCACCAUGUGUCCGUCAAGAAAGAAGCUGGUCCUUGUACUAGUUUAGUUGAUGACUCCUGCCCUAUGUACAGUUUAUAUAGUGUGGAGUAAUGACUUCCUAUAAAGACAGUGAAGUCAAACUCCCUGUAGGUUGUUGUUCUCAGCUCUGUGUUCACACUGACUGGACGUUCCCUGAAGCAUAAUGAUGGAGCGUUGUCACGAGAGUACAAACUGCAGGAGAACCAACAGACUGUCCAAACUGAAGAGGGGGGGUCGGGGCUGGGGAGAGGGAGAGGGAUGAGGGAUGAGGGAGGUGUGUCCAAAGAGAGCGUUUGUUUUGGUCUGUAAAUCUGCUCUGAAAGUGGCAUAGUAAGCCUUUAAUGCACAUGUUUUCACACCAAAGAUUUCACAAGAAGUGUAAAUAAAUAGAAAAUCUGUUUUUUGUUAAAAUAUUUAUUUCAUAGUUUUAAAUGUAGUGUCGACAUAUUCUCUCAUUACUCUCAGAUAUCUGAUCAGUCUGUAAAACGAACACAGCACUUAGCACACAGCUAACGACCUAAUGCUAAAUGUAUGAAGGUUACUGGAGCACAACAUUGUUCACGUUUGUCACUGAUGCAUUCAAGAUAAAACGGUCAUUACAGCAUGUUACUGUCACUGUAACUAUCCAAACAGUUCUAGUCAUUUCUUUUUAAUGAGGUCAUUUGAUUUUCAGAACAUUUUGAACAGAUGAGUCUAAAAGAAGGAUUCAUGAAACCUGCAGCAUUUAUAAAAUAAACUGUAUCACUGCAGAAAUGGGAAAUAACUACUUAGAUUUAUUUGGUUUAGUACAUUUAUGUCAUCAAUCAUUUCUGUUAUUAUAUGUGGUGUUAAGAAUAUUAUAUUUGUAUAUGUUUGAAUAAAAAGCUUUUUUAGAGGCAGGUCAGCGGAUGGAGUCAGAAAUUGGGAAGAUAGAGAGAGAGUCGGUGGGGGGGAUUACAUAGAGGAAAGGAGUCACAGGUCAGAUUCAAACCCGGGACGCCCACUUGGAGGCCCACAGCCUCUGUACUUGAGGUGUACCGGCAUCCCAAGAAUAUAAUAUUUAGACUUUGAAAUUGAACAGUUAAUGUUAUAAUGUUAAUGAAGAAUCACCACAGACACAGCAAAGUUAGGACAGAUUUAAAGAUUCAUUUUUGGGCUUUUAAUUGAGAGAUAGGACAGUGGAUAGAGUCAGAAACCAGGGUGAGAGAGUGGGGAAUGACAUGUGGGAAAGGACUUGAACCCGAGCCACCCGCUUGAGACUACAGACUGCAUACAUGGGGUGCACACACUAACCACUGCGCCACCAGCGCCCCAGGACAGAUUUAAGAACUUUUCCACUAACUAAUGUACUGAAUUGUUUCUUGAACAAUAAUCCUUAAAGUUGACAGGUUCUGCUACAUCAAAGAGCUUUAACAGACCAUGGACUAACAGAAAAUACAAAUAAAUAUAUAUAUGUAUAACAAAUAUAAAUGAUAAGCUCUACAGCAUGUGUUAAAGCUUUUUGCUUUAUCUCACUUCUCACUUACGAAGGCUGCUUAAAGACCAUAAAAAAAGCAAAAAAAAAAAA